CCUUCCGGGGUUUGGGGCUGGACUGCAGUCUUCUGAGCCGGUUGAAAGCAGCUAAGGGCCGAGGCGGGGCUCUGGAGCCUUCCCUUUCUUCCCUCCCCCACACUCCUAAUCUCUGUUGGGCGCCUAGCUCCCUUCUAGCCUCGCUGCAGCUGCUUUGCAGCCGUUUUCAGCAUCCAAACAACCGCAAGCCAGUGUUCCCAGGAUGGUGAUCCGUGUGUAUAUUGCAUCUUCGUCUGGCUCCACGGCGAUUAAGAAGAAACAACAAGAUGUACUUGGUUUCUUAGAAGCCAACAAAAUAGGAUUUGAAGAAAAGGAUAUUGCAGCCAACGAAGAGAAUCGGAAGUGGAUGAGAGAAAAUGUACCUGAAAACAGUCGACCAGCCACAGGGUAUCCUUUGCCCCCUCAGAUUUUCAAUGAAAGCCAGUACCGCGGGGACUAUGAUGCCUUCUUUGAAGCCCGAGAAAAUAAUGCAGUGUAUGCCUUUUUAGGCUUGAAGGCACCACCUGGUUCAAAGGAAGCAGAAGCCCAGGCAAAGCAGCAAGCAUGAACCUUAAGCAUUGUGCCUUAAGCAUUCUGCCUUAAGCAUCUUGAAAAAUGAGUCCCUAUUGCUUUUAUAAAAUAAGUUUUUCAAAUAGCAACAUUA